UCUAGACGACCCAUUGAUCACGCCUUCCCUUCCCGGUACAAUGCAUUCACCUCUCUUCUUCUUCACUCCUUAGCUAGCUACCUUUCCCCCUGUCUUGUUUCUACUAUCACAAUCUCGGAAAGCGCCAAUUCAGAGUAUGGAGGCCCAUAACCAUGGCGCCCGCCUUGCGUCGACGUUGAAGGCAAAGAGAGAGCUUGAGGGGGAAGAUGAAGACGAGGAAGAGGAGGAUGAAGAGGAUGAGUGUGAUUUGAGAAAGAAGAAAAUAAUGGAUGUUGGGUUAGGAAAGAAGGGACCGUCGUCCGGUGGUGUUGCCGGAGGCGGCGUGACGGCGUCGUCGUCGUGCUGUCAGGUGGAGAUGUGUGGCGCUGAUUUAACAUUUGCGAAGACAUACCACAAGAGGCAUAAAGUGUGUGAAGUCCACGCCAAGGCUCCGGCUGUGUUGCUCAAUGGCGUUGACCAGAGAUUCUGCCAGCAAUGCAGCAGAUUCCACGAGGUGUCGGAAUUCGACGAGGCGAAGAGGAGUUGCAGGAGGAGACUGGCCGGACACAACGAGCGGAGGCGGAAGGCGUCGUGUGAGAAUCGCGGCGGCGGGGAGGGAUCGAGCCGGAGACGAGUAGAGACUCCGUUGAAGGAAAGCAAGCAGUGCAGCCGUGGAGGGGGUCAACUCAUCAUCUCCGCCGCCGGGACUUCAUCCUACGAGAAUUUCCACAUUCACUGACCGCCCAGUGGCUCUCAUCUACCUGCUUCAUUAUAUUAAUUAUUAUUGCUUACUCUCUUCUGUCAUCUUAAACUUAUGUAAAAUGCGCGCACUUAUAUGCAUGCGUAGCUAGUGGCUUCACAAUAAUCUUAUCUAUGUUGCCCAAUUAAUCAGCUUUAUAUGCUGUGUUGAGUUGUACUGUGACCAUUUUUUGGGGUCUUAGACUACCAGAAAAUGUUCCUCACUUUCUGCAAACAUUCGGCCCUGUUACGUUACUCAAGUUCUUAAAUAAACCGAUGUUUUUCAGUGCUUGUAA